AUGAGUAAUCAAAGGAAGAUAAAUUUCCAGAUUGAAGCGUUUAAGCAACGAGUCGUGGUUGAUCCAAAAUACGCCGAUAAGACUUGGAAGAUCCUCGAACAUGCGAUUCAUGAGAUUUACAAUCACAACGCUAGUGGACUCAGUUUCGAAGAGCUUUACAGAAACGCAUACAACAUGGUUCUACAUAAAUUUGGGGAAAAUCUUUAUACUGGACUUGUUACCACUAUGACGUUUCAUCUCAAAGAGAUUUGUAAGUCUAUUGAAGAAGCUCAAGGAGGUGCUUUUUUAGAAUUGCUUAAUAGGAAAUGGAAUGAUCACAACAAAGCUUUGCAGAUGGUUAGGGAUAUUCUCAUGUAUAUGGAUCGGACUUACGUUCCCAGUUGUAAAAAGACUCAUGUUCAUGAGCUUGGACUUCAUCUUUGGAGGGAUAGUGUUGUGCAUUCCAGCAAGAUUCAGACGAGGCUUUUGGAUAUGCUUCUUUAUUUAGUUCACAAGGAACGGACUGGUGAAGGGUUUAUUGAGUCUUGUGAUUGUGGUGGUUACUUGAAGAAAGCGGAGAAACCUUUGACUGAGGAAGUAGAAAGGGUAGCUCACUAUUUGGAUGCCAAGAGCGAAGCGAAGAUUACCAGUGUUGUUGUGAGAGAGAUGAUUGCCAACCACGUGCAGAGGGUUAGUAAUGGUCUUGUUACAGUCAGAGAUGUUAUGACUUUGCAUCUUAGGGAGAUGGGGAAACAACUGCUACGAAAAGGACUGAAAGGUGUGGGAGAGGAGGAUGUGGAUCUUAUUCUUGAUAAGGUGAUGAUGCUGUUCUGCUACUUACACGAGAAAGAUGUUUUUGAGAAAUACUACAAACAGCAUCUGGCGAAAAGGCUUUUAUCUGGAAAAACAGUUUCGGAUGACGCAGAGAGGAAUCUGAUAGUGAAAUUGAAGACAGAAUGUGGGUAUCAGUUCACUUCGAAAUUGGAAGGUAUGUUCACUGACAUGAAGACUUCACACCACACGCUGCUAGGAUUUUAUAAUAGCCAUCCCGAGCUUUCAGAAGGACCAACACUUGUCGUUCAGGUUCUCACAACCAGUUCUUGGCCCACGCAGCCAACAAUUCAAUGUACCUUACCUGCAGAAGUUUAUGUUCUGUGUGAGAAGUUUAGGUCAUAUUACCUCGGGACUCACACUGGCAGGAGAUUGUCUUGGCAAACCAAUAUUCAUACGCCCAAAAAUUUGAGGAUCACUCAACCGGACUAA